AUGGAUGACCCUACAAUAGCAGAAGUGCCAUGUGAAAUCAGUCCGAGCUCGUCUACAGUAUCAUGCUCAGAAGCGUUUACAGCUACCAAAAGUCCUCAGGCUGAAAAGAAAAAGUUUUUGAUUCAUGUAAGGUAUCCCUUACGUUUUUUUAUAUUGUAACAUACGAACUUAAUUGUUUUGGCUUAUAAACCCUAAACAAUAAAUUUCAGAAAGUAGUGUUAUAUACCACAGUAGCAUUGUUGAUCAGCUCUAUGGCAAACUUGAUGGUAGCUACCAUGAAUGGAAAUACUGCUGGCUUCUGGGGAGCAUUAGUGGUGAUUGCAGCUUAUAUUACGAUUCUUGUUGCCAUUAAGAUACAAAAAGCUAGCUACUUUGCGUUUUACAUUAUGGUACAGGUAUGUCCUCACAUAAUAAAACUUUUACUGUAUCAUGCAUUAUGUUAUACAGCACUUAAUAUAAAUUUAUUAUACUUUAUACUUUACGUUCUCUAAGGUAAUAAUAUUCAAAUCAACAUUUCAAUUUACAUUACAGUCAAUGGCGAUGUUGAUCUACCUAUUCGCAUCAUUCCGCUUGAUUUGGCACUCAUUUGAAUUUGGUUGGUCCAGCUUCUUGACUGGUAUGGCAGUUCUUUUGUCGAUCCCUUUGAUUAUUGGCUAUAUCUACCUUUUAAUGCAGAAAACACAUCAUAUUCAUACCAAGAAGCGAAGGAUCAAACAGGCUGACAUGACAUUGAAUCAGUUUGAUAACAUCAGAAGUUGUUGA